AUGCUCAGCCUUUCGCUUCAUACCCUAUCUUCUGAUCCACCACAUGCAUACCGCCUCCUGCCCUCGUCAUCUCUCCCAUCAUUAUUCCACAUCAUCUCUCCCAUCAUCUCUCCUAUCACCACUCAUAUCAUCUCACCCAUCAUCUCUCCCACCUUCUCUCAAACCAUCUCUCCCACCAUCUUCUCCCACCAUCUCUCCCACCAUCUUCUCCCACCAUCUCUCCCACCAUCUUCUCCCACCAUCUCUCCCAUCAUCAUCUCCCAUCAUCUCUCCCACCAUCUUUCCCAUGAUCCUUCCCACCUCCUCGUUCCUGUCUUUCACUCGCCGUGCCAUGCAAUCUCCAUCUCAUGUGAUUCUCUUCCGUCUGUCCUUCCCGUCUAUACCAACCCUCUUCCAUGUCUCAUCCUCCUCCGCCUCCUGCUUGCAUCUGCGCCCUCAUAUCUGUUGAAUUCCACAGUCAUCUCCCCCUCUUCCUCUCACUCACUCUCCCUCCAGCCGGCCGCCACCACCACUCCUUACACACCUCCUCAAAAUCUCCCCUUUGAUUCCCAACCACAUACCCACUGCGUGGCAGCGGGCAAUGCGAAUGCGGUGGCGAGGAGAAUACUGGAGAAGCUGCCAGUGGACGGGGACGCGCGUGUGUCGUACACGCACGACCGCCAUGUCUUCCACAUCCUGCGCGCUGAUGGACUCGUGUUCCUCUGCAUGGCCGACGCUCCCUUUGGACGGCGAGUGCCGUUUGCAUACUUGGAGGACGUGCACAUGCGGUUCAUGAAGACGUACGGGCGAGUGGCGGCCACAGCACUCGCAUACGCCAUGAACGAUGAGUUCUCGCGCGUGCUCGCCUCACAGAUGGAGUUCUUCUCCUCCAACCCCAACUCUGAUACCAUCAGCCGCGUCAAGAAUGAAAUCAGCGAGGUGAAGUCAGUGAUGGUGGAGAACAUAGACAUGGUGCUGGACCGCGGUAACCGCAUAGAGCUGCUAGUGGACAAAACUGCCACCCUGCAGGACAACACGUUCCGCUUCAAGAAGCAGGCGCGCGCACUCAAGCGGGCACUGUGGUGGAAAAACACCAAACUCAUGUGCGUGUGGGUGGGUGGGAGGGAGGGACUGGCAGGAGGCGUGUGGGUGGCAGAAGAUGGAUGGGAGGUUGUGGCAUGA